GCGUGCCGUUCCGCGCCAGUCUGCCUGCUCCAUGAUACCUGGGAGGCGAGCAGCAGCAGCAGCAGCAGCAGCAACAGCGGUCAGCGUCUCGCUCCGGCCACUCCGCUCGCCCGCCUCCCGCCUCCCCAGCCCCCUCUGCUUCCUCCGUCUCCCUCCGUCGGUCAGUGGGAUGCUCUGGGCACGCGGGCACUGACACUGCCCUCAGCUCCUCGCACUCUCCUCCCCCCCUUCCCCUCCUCCUUCUCCUCCUCCUCCUCCCCUUCUUUCUCCUGCACUUCUACCCUCUGACCUCUCAUCCCUCUCUCCAUCACCCCUUUUUUCUCCUCCCCCCUUUCUCUCUUUCUCCCUCUCCCCUACCCUCUCACUCUCUCUCCACUCGUUUCCCCCCCUCUUGACCAUGUUGCCAUGUGUCCGCUGGCUCCAGCCCUUCCUUGCCCUGCUGGCCUCUGCACUCUUCACACUGGGGGAAAACUGCCCGACGAGCUGCCUGUGCCCGGACCCGCACACGGUGGACUGCAGCGGCCGGGGCCUGACCCGCCUGCCGGACUCCAUCCCUCUGGACGUGCGCCGGCUGCUGCUCUCCGACAACUGGAUCCCGCGCAUCCCUGCCGACUUCCUGGUGCUCUACAGCGACCUGGUCUACCUGGACCUCCGCAACAACUCGCUCUCGUACAUCGAGCCGGGGACCCUCAGCACGUCUUCGCGCCUCGUCUUCCUGGACCUGGGCAGCAACAACCUCACGGAAAUUCCUAAGGGCACGUUUGGCGAGUCACGCAGCCUCAUCAAGCUUCGUCUGGGCAACAACCCGCACCUGAGUGCAGUCAAUGAGGACGCCUUCCUGGGCCUCACCUCGCUGCGCGAACUGGAGCUGGAGCGCAAUGCCCUCUCCGGCCUGCAGGUGGGGGCACUGAGCCAGCUGCCCUCUUUGAGGGUGGUCAGGCUAGAGGGCAACCCAUGGGUCUGCAACUGCAACUUCGCUAACCUGUUUGCUUGGCUCAUGGAGAACCGGCACAAGCUCCCCAAUGGGGUAGACGGCUUGGACUGUUCACUGCCCAUGGAUGGCCGGCGUGUGCCCCUCAACCAGCUCUCCCAGGACAGUUUCCGCGAGUGCCAGGUGACGCUCACCCUCACCGACCUCCUCAUCAUCAUCUUCUCGGGAAUCUCCGUGUCGGUGGUGGCCAUCAUGGCCAGCUUCUUCCUGGCCUCCACCGUCCACUGCUUCCAGCGCUGGAGCAAGGGCAAUAAGACCGAGGAAGAGGAGAGCGAAGAGUGAGGAUUGGACAGAGCUGGAGCAGACGGCAUGCCCCCGGGCCGUGCCCACGUUUUUUUCGGACUUACCUUCCCUGCUCGUGUCGGACGAGAGCAAAAACGGGAAAAAAAAGGGAAGGGACUUCGAGGUGACUCGAGGUGAAGUCGAUGUAGCUGAUCGCGUGACUUUUGCAAACGUCAGCAAGCGAGCAAGAAGCCCGGAACUUACGAGAUGAACUGUGCUCAUCCAGUUAUGUCAGAGAAGCCAUUUGUCUUUCACAUUGCCCUGCAGGGCUGAGUGGCACUUACUAGGAGACAAAGAUGGUCUCCCAAUCUUUUUAGGGAGCCACAAUAGGGUGAAAGAGCUCUGUGUCGUUUGGCAAAAAAAGAACCUUGUCGAGCUUCAAACCAGGCCUUAGCACGCACACUGCCAGGGGUUUACUGGUUCUAUUUUAUGGGCUAUUUCAUAUGUCCGUGUUUAACGGCCCUCGCCAUUGAAUAUGUCUUGUGAUGUGAGUUCCUCCGAGGCCAGUCUUGUAAUAUGGGCACAUGGCUUCUUGUCUGUAGUCAAUAUUAUGCUGUGCUUUAAUUGGCGUGAGUGUUCACAGCGGUAUGACAGGUAAGCAUAGGAACCAAGUAGCUAAACGCUCUUAAAUAUCCACAAUAGUAAACAUCAUAGUGAAUUUAUUUUUUUUAAAGUUGGAAGCUACAGCUGUCACACAUCAAUUGGUAGCUGUUCCUCUACCUUUACAAAUUUUCUCCUAAAUCAAUUUCUCUUAACCAUCGUGUCAGGUUUCAUAAAUUGUACUUAGACUAAUUAAAAAUGAACAUAGAUUAUCUCCAACAGUUAAUAGAAUUGCUGUGUGCUGCACUUUAAAUGGUGUCCAUUUUACUUAUGGUAUACUCUGCUGGCCCUCAGUCCACUAAGUGGAUUGAAAUUGCUCAGAUCUGCCAAAGACUAGGAGUAGACAUGACUAGCCAAUAGGGAAUUCUGAGAUGUCUUCAGUAUUUUAAGGGUUUUCAAGGAAAACUAUGGUAUAAACUGUGCAUUUAAUUGGUGUAGGUAUACUCACAUAGCCUAUGUAUCUUCUGUCAAGACAAAAUAUGUAAACAAAUUAUAUAAAUAUAUAUUACUACAUAAAAUCAUAUAAGUAUAUCAGGCAACAUUAAUUGAAUACUAGAAAAGCCAAACCUGUAUGUUAGGCACUGAUUGAAAAAAUGAUUCCGAAAGUAUUAGGGCGUCGGCACAGCUUUAUCUGUGUAGUUACAAGUUAUAGUCUGCGUCUAUGCUAAGUCAACAUCGUUAUUAUCCUGGUCCUGCCAUAAACGUUGAGAAAUUUCAAAACGUUUUCAUAAAUUACUGUUGUCUUGAUUGGUGUGACUCAUGACAGAUUGUCCAUACAGCAGCGGCGAAAGCAAUAGUAAAAGUCAAAUCAUCCUGGCCCAGGUCAGACCACUGAAAGGCAUUGUCGAUCUCUCCACCACAUCAUUUGUGGGGAUUGAAAUGGUUUGUGCAAUCAUGCUGCAGUUGUAUCACAAAAACGCCUGAUGAGUUUGUCACGUUGAACUCUGUCUGUUUGUCGUCCUUCAUACUCGGAGUCAGUACGGUACUCAGUAUAUAUUUUUUUUAUAACAGUGACGUCAGUAAUUAUUAGACACAAUGACACUUUUGGACAGUUGAAUGGAUGUUGUUUCAUGUGAAUGAGAGGAGGGUGAAAGCACUGAGCAGCUGCUAUCAUGUGGAAUGUAUGUCUAGAGGGAUGGCUUCUUCUCCAGAGCUAUACUUAAUCCCACUGACAGACCUGGACUCUCUUCGUCACACUCUAAUGGGUAGCCGAACAGCACGUAUCUUUUUUUGCCUCAUGCAUUUCAGAGUUGUCAUUUGGAAGGUGUUUUAGGACACAACUGUAUUUGUAAAGGCAGACAACAACGGCAGUACAUAUUGUAGCUAAGCAUGAAUAAUUCAGAGACUUUAAGAAAUGAAGCAUACGCCAUGUCAAGCUUCAAAACGUUAACAGCUGAGGGAAAAUGCCUCCCACUAUGGAAGGAACAGUGAUGCAUUCACUUAUUUGAAAAAAGAACAUUUGGUGUUUUUUUUUUUUUUGCAUGUUGUAUUUUCCCCACAAGACAAACUUUUAGAAGGACCCUCAAAAUCCAGAUUUGUUUGAGAUGCAUCACUUAAUCAUUUCAAAUUAUUUAUAUUUUGUAGAACUUCACUUUUGAGUUUUACUAUAUUUUACUAUAGGGUUAUGCUGUACAGUGUACAGUCUCCUACACUCUUGAGGUACAUGCUAAAACAAACCUAAUGCACAGAGACAGAAACUGCAUGUCUGCAGAAAAAGCAGUGCUCGAAGUACACAACAGAGCUCAACAGCCAUAUUCUUGCAUGGUUUUCUUAAGGGACUCUCCGCACCCUGUCUCUGCAUCUUAUACUGUACGGCGUUCACUCCUGCAUUAUACUCCCCAAUGUCUAUGUUUAGAUCCAAAUACAGAGCUAUAACAAAAAUAUAUAUAUAUAAAAAAUAUAUAACAAGGUCACAGAGAUAGGGCAGCAACCGCCUUCAGGACAAACAAAACUAAACCAGAUGGACCCACAGGAAGCCAUGGACAUCAGCUGUGUGAGAGACAAAAACUAAUACAGACUAAUUGGAUGGAUUGGAUAGUCUCUGAUAAUCACUUAAUCGUACUCCACAUAUUCAUUUUAAUUGGGCUCAUUUCAGCAGUCUUUUCCCCUGUAUUUGACUAAUAGGUUUUCAUCAGGCUUAAAGCAUUAGAGCUGCUUUUAGCUGCAGACACUGAACACAAAAUAGCCUGUUUUUUUUGGAUGGUGUCCACGGAGCUGCAAUGCAUCAGUAUCAUUCACUCUGUCGAGACUGUUGAAAUAUGAGCUUACUACUCAACUGUUUUGUUACCAGUGUCUGAAUUAAAUGUGGAUGAGACGUGGUUUCAUGGAAGAAGUCCGCUCAUGUGUAUCCUAGUUAACGAAGUGGUGAUGCUUAUCAUCACCUCUACGGUGCAUUGGCAUCUGUAUACGGUGACAACUCUGUAUAUGACUUAAUGUGUGUAACAUGGUCUUUCGACUUGUGUCUCAGUCUUAACAAAUGUAAACCAUGUAUAUGAGUAGACCAUAUUCAACUACUGUGUAGUUGCAGUGAAAUUAAAGUAUCUGUAUUUUUUA